AGGUUUAUUUCCACCUGAGGCCAGUCAGUGAGACCACGGACUCUAUGGCGCCGUUCAUGAAGGAAGCAGAGUUUCAUGUGCUUCUGGUGGUACUGGCAGAAGGAAAAGAGAGCGCCCUAUGUGAAAUUCAUGGAGGCAAAUUACCCACCUGGGUUCAGUUAUGAAGAUUUUGGGCCACUGUUUACAGCAGAAUUCUUUGAUCCCAACCAGUGGGCAGAUAUUCUGAAGGCUUCAGGUGCAAAAUAUGUUGUCUUAACUUCAAAACAUCAUGAAGGCUUUACUUUGUGGGGGUCCAAAUAUUCUUGGAACUGGAAUGCUGUUGAUGUGGGACCGAAACGAGAUCUUGUGGCUGAACUAGCAAUGUCUGUUAGAAACAAGACUGACUUGCGUUUUGGGUUAUAUCAUUCCCUGUUUGAAUGGUUUAAUCCUCUUUUCCUUGAGGAUGCCACCAAUGUCUUUAAGACAAGAAAGUUUCCAGCUAGUAAAUCCUUACCAGAACUCUAUGAAAUUGUGACCAAGUACCAACCAGAAAUAAUUUGGUCUGAUGGGAAUGGAAAUGCACCAGAUACUUACUGGAACAGCACUGGUUUCUUGGCUUGGCUGUAUAAUGACAGUCCAGUCCGGGACACAGUUGUGACCAAUGACCGCUGGGGAGUUGGCAGCAUCUGUACACAUGGUGGAUUCUACACUUGUAGUGACCGGUAUAACCCCGGCCACUUCCUGCCUCACAAGUGGGAGAACUGUAUGACUAUUGACAAGAGGUCAUGGGGGUACAGGAGGAACGCACAGCUUGACGAUUACCUCACAAUCGAGGACUUGGUGAAGCAACUUGUAGAAACAGUGUCUUGUGGAGGAAAUCUCCUGAUGAAUAUUGGGCCCACUCAUGAUGGUCGCAUCGCUGUUAUAUUUGAGGAACGCCUGAGGCAGAUGGGUGCCUGGCUGAAAGUCAAUGGAGAAGCCAUCUAUGGAACGAAACCAUGGAGAGCACAGAAUGACACGGUCACACCAGAAGUGUGGUACACUUUCAGUCCUAAAGAAGGCCAAGUCAAUGCUAUCUUCCUUAACUGGCCAGUCUCUGGGACUCUGGAACUUGGUGAGCCACAGGCUAAGCUUGGAGAAACACAGGUGAAGCUGGUUGGCUACAAGGAACUGCUGAAAUGGGUUGCCCUAGGAGAAAAGGGAAUUGUUAUAGCUCUACCUCAGUUAACUCCUAAGCAAUUGCCAUGUCAGUGGGGCUGGACUUUACAGCUGAUUGACAUAAACUAAGCCAUACACUGCUGGAGCCUUGGGUAGUAGGUAAUGCUGCUCUUUUGCCAGUUUCUAAUCAUUGGUUUCUAACUGGUACUUGCUUGACUGAGAAACAUCAAU